AUGUUUGGCUUGGACUUAAAAGACCCGGGAAGGUACUUUGCCCUGUGGGACUUUCUCAAGAAGGAAAGCAGCCUCAGCAACAGCAGCAACAGCAACAGCAGCAGCAGCAGGAGGGAGCGUUGUUUGACGGAGAGUCCCUCGCUGCUGCGGCUGUCUCUCGAAGUGUCUCUGCUGUCUCAGUCGAGAGAAAGAACAAUAGAAGUGUUGCGGGAGAUGUACAUACACCGCGUGUACCCCACCCCACAGCUAGCUAGCCAGCUAGCUGCUGCAGCGCGGCAGGUGACGGAGGUGCAUUUGCUGCUGCGCAACUUGCUGCUGCUGCAGCAGCACGAGGAGUACAGCAAGCAGCAGCGGCGGCAGCAGCUGCUGCAGACGCGGAUUGACGAGCACGAACUUGAGGUGUACAGACAGGGCAGGCCCAGCGUGCGCAGCAACGAGACGGAGCAGCAGCAAAUUCGAAGGCGCUUUUUCGAAAAAAUGGAUAGAAAGCCAAAACCCUGGCUUCCUUUGAGUGAAUUUAUUAAGAAGAAACAAAAAGGAGGAGAAGAAUACGCCAAGCGCCACGACAGGCCUUCGCCAAACACCCUCGACAUCUGA